GUCACAGUCCUCACUCACCCACGAAGCAUCCAGGAUGAAGUCUUCGACUGGGCCUCUGCUUCCCACAUUGCUGGGGCUACUGCUCCUGUCUAUACCAAGGACUCAGGGUGUCAACCCCGCCAUGGUGGUCAGGAUCACCGACAAGGGCCUGGAGUACGCGGCCAAGGAGGGGCUGUUGAGUCUGCAGAGAGAGCUGUACAAGAUCACACUGCCUGACUUCAGCGGGGACUUCAAGAUCAAGGCUGUGGGCCGUGGGCAGUACGAGUUUCAUAGCCUGGAGAUCCAGAGCUGUCAGCUGCGUGGCUCGUCCCUGAAGCCGCUCCCAGGCCGAGGCCUGAGUCUCUCCAUCUCUGACUCUUCUAUCAGCGUCCGGGGCAAAUGGAAAGUGCGCAGAUCCUUCCUGAAACUUCACGGCUCCUUUGACCUGGAUGUCAAAGGUGUCACUAUUUCAGUGGACCUCCUCCUGGGCGUGGAUCCCUCAGGACGGCCCACAGUCACCGCCUCUGGAUGCAGCAACCGCAUUUGUGAUUUGGAAUUGCACGUAUCAGGAAAUGUGGGGUGGCUGCUGAAUCUCUUCCACAACCAGAUCGAGUCCAAGCUCCAGAAAGUAUUGGAGAGUAAGAUUUGUGAGAUGAUCCAGAAGUCUGUGACCUCUGAUCUGCAGCCUUAUCUCCAAACUCUGCCAGUCACAGCAGAUAUCGACACUGUCCUGGGCAUUGACUACAGUUUGGUGGCGGCUCCCCAAGCAAAGACCCAGACGCUGGAUGUGAUGUUUAAGGGUGAAAUUUUUAAUCGGAAUCACCGCUCCCCAGUCACUACCCCGACCCCGACCAUGAACCUACCUGAGGACAGUAAACAAAUGGUCUACUUUGCCAUCUCAGAUCAGGCCUUCAACAUAGCCACCCAGGUUUACCACCAGGCUGGGUACCUGAACUUUACCAUCACAGAUGACAUGUUACCGCCUGACUCCAGCAUCCGGCUGAACACCAAGGCCUUCCGCCCCUUCACUCCUCUGAUAACCAGAAAAUACCCCGACAUGAACUUGGAGCUUCUUGGAACAGUGGUCUCUGCUCCACUUCUGAAUGUCAGUCCUGGGAAUCUGUCCUUGGCCCCACAGAUGGAGAUUGAAGGCUUUGUGAUCCUGCCCAGCUCCGCCCGCGAAUCUGUCUUCCGGCUUGGCGUGGUCACGAAUGUAUUCGUCUCAUUAACUUUCGACAACAGCAAGGUCACCGGGAUGCUGCAUCCAGAGAAGGCGCAAGUGAGACUGAUCGAAUCCAAAGUCGGCAUGUUCAAUGUGAACCUGUUCCAGGCAUUCCUCAACUACUACCUUCUCAACAGCCUCUACCCUGAUGUCAAUGAUGAGCUGGCCAAGGGCUUCCCCCUCCCUCUACCAAGGCGUAUUAAGCUCCACGACCUCGACUUCCAGAUCCACAAGAACUUCCUAUACUUGGGUGCCAAUGUCCAGUACAUGAGAGUCUGAGGACAAGAAGAAAGAUGGGCCUCAGAGGCCACAGCGGGACCUGCCAUUUGCAAUUCCGGAUGUGCAGCACAUCUCUGGAGAGUCUCAAAAUACAAAGAGGUUUCUGUUCCUGGCUCUGGUGGACCCACAGUCCUCUUCACCAGUGCACCCUCGACCUGGACUUGACUCUGACCUCUCCAGGGAGA